CCGAGCUGAGCCGCGCCGACCGGCGGGAGCGGAGGGGCGGCCCCGGGGCCGCCGCUGCCGCCGCCACCAGGGAGGAUCCACCGUGGUGCUGCUCCAAAAUGCACAGGACCACCAGGAUAAAGAUCACCGAGCUCAACCCCCACCUGAUGUGUGCCCUGUGCGGCGGCUACUUCAUAGACGCCACCACCAUCGUGGAGUGUCUGCACUCCUUCUGCAAAACCUGCAUCGUUCGCUACCUGGAGACCAACAAGUACUGCCCCAUGUGUGAUGUUCAAGUGCACAAAACCAGACCCCUCCUCAGCAUCAGGUCGGACAAAACCCUGCAGGACAUAGUGUACAAACUGGUCCCGGGGCUUUUCAAAGAUGAGAUGAAGAGGCGGCGCGACUUCUACGCAGCGUAUCCGGUGGCAGAGGUUCCCAACGGGUCCAAUGAAGAUCGUGGGGAAGUCUCUGAGCAGGACAAAGGGAACCUGACGGACGACGAGAUCGUCAGCCUGUCCAUAGAGUUUUAUGAAGGCUCCAGAGAGGAGAAGAAAGGGACUGUGGAGAACGGGGACCUGGAGAAGGAGAAGAGGAGCGGGGUGCGGUUCCUGCGCUGUCCCGCCGCCAUGAGCGUCAUGCACCUGGCCAAGUUCCUCCGCAACAAGAUGGACGUUCCCAGCAAGUACAAGGUUGAAGUCCUCUAUGAAGAUGAGCCCCUGAAGGAGUAUUACACCCUGAUGGACAUCGCCUACAUCUACCCCUGGAGGAGGAACGGGCCCCUGCCGCUGAAAUACCGCGUCCAACCCGCCUGCAAGCGGCUCAAACUGUCCCAGCCCGUCACCUCCGAGUGCACCAACACCAGCGGCGCCUCCGAGUGCGAAUCGGGCAGCGACAAAGCGCACAGCCCGGCCACGCUGCCCGCAACCUCCUCCUCCCUGCCCAGCCCCGCAACCCCGUCCCACGGCUCACCCAGCUCUACCACCGGCAGCGGCCCCGGUACAGGUACCGGCCCCGGUACCGCCCUCAACGGCACCUCGAACUGCCACCCGCUGCCUCCCGCCGGCGGCCGGUGCCGCAAAACGACAGUGAACGGCAGCACAACCUCCAGCCUGAGCUAAGGAGCCACCGAGCAGGGACUCCGGGCUGCUUUUGUAGAUCUCUAUACAUGACGUACAGACAUCUAUCCGGAUACAUGUGUACAUAGGGAGGAAAAAAAACCAACCCCAACCAACCAAAAAAACCCCACAAAACCAAACCAAACCCCCAAACGACACAUACUUAUUUUCUAUCGAUUGACCAGACGAAUUUGAAAUGCAAAUGAGACACAGAAAUGCGGUUGAAUAUUUUGUAAACGGUUUUUGUUGUUGUUUGUUUGUUUUGUUGGUGGGUUUGUUUUUUUUUUUUUUGUGGGUCUUGUUUUGUCUUUUUUAAAUGUGAACUCCUGGGAGCUGCCUCCUGCCGGAGCCCGGGGACACGCGGUGCUGCCACCUUCCUUGCUCCGGGGCUCCCAACACUUUUCCCCUCUCCUCCCCAUCCCUCUCCCCUCCCGGUGGGAAGCAGGGACUCCCGGCUGCACAGGUAAGGGCCAAGCACAGGUAAGGGCCAAGCACAGAAGCCAAAAACUUCCCCCCCCUUCUCCUUCCUCCCCCAGCCCUGCUGUGCCCUGUGGGGUUUUGUUCCUUGUUUGUGUUUCUUUGAGUGGGUUUUUGGCAUCGGCUGGGACCAGGGGUCCACGGAGCAUCACUUGCUGGCAUUGCCCCCCCCAUCCAGGCUCUGCUUUGCUAAACAGGUUUCUGAUUCUUUUGCUUAUUUUGCCUUUUUUUCCCUCCCUCUGGUUGGGGGUUCAGGCUCUGAUCUAGCAAAGCCUCCCACAGACGCCUCCUUCAUGCACAGUAAGUAGGUUCUUUUGCAUGUUUGGUCCUUUUUUCCCGGCUUAAAAACCAAACAAGCAAACAAAAAUGGUUGUAAUGCGGCAGUGAGGGCCCAGCUGGACCAGGGGGUGCAGCACAAGACAUCCCCCCUCUCCCCGAAUAUUGGUUCCAGGGCAGACGGGCAGCACCGGGUACCAACAGCUCCGGGCUCCACUGGGAACAUCUAAACCAUUUGGCAGCACUGGGGGAGCCCGGGUGGGACCCCAGGGCUUCAAGCCCGAGCACAUGGUGGGGGCAGCACCCAGCUGGGGGGGUACAGGACGCCAGGACCCCCCCUCCCAGCAGCUCCCCACUCACCUCCACGGCUGCAGCGUUUAUUUUUUUGCCCUCCCCGUCCUUCCCACCCUCUCCUCCUGCCCCCACAUUGGGUUUUUAAAAUAAAAGAUAAAAGCCUACAGUGCCUUUAGCCAGGAGGCCUGGGUGAGGGGCGAGCGUGGGAAGGUGCUGCCGUGUUCUGGGUGGGAGCAGAGGGGCUCCGCUGCCACCGGCCGCCCGGGGAAGGGACCAACUUUCUACCUUGACGGAAAAAAAAAAGCACACGAGCCCCGGGGAAGUGCAGACCCCCCCGGGAGGGGGUGGUGUUUCUCUCCCACCCCCGCUGGGGAAGGGGGACAAUGACAAAACCACAAAGAUGAGCAAGUGCCUGCAGCGCCCGGACGGCCCCCCCAGGGCACGGUGAGAACCAAAGGAAAGCAGCACGGGAAUUUUAUGGCCAGCCCGACUCCAAAGGUCAGGAAACGUGGGAUGUGGCGGUUGAAUUAGUAAUUUUUAAGGGUUUUUUGUUGUUUGUUUGUGGUUUUUUCCCCUUUGGAAGCACUGCCCCCCCCCCCCAGCACGGACCCACCAGCAGCACCUUCACUCUUAGCACAGCCCCGGGCUCUGCUGCCCUCCGGGCGCUGGGGAGGGGGCCCGGGGAGGGUCCCCAAGGGGCCCCUUUUAUUUGUC